AUGAUUUCAAAUUCAUCACUGGCCGCUCGGCGAAGGGUAGUACCGGCUGGGGUGGACACCACAAACCACGAGUGGUUCUAUCCCAAAAAGACUGUUGAAAAACGACGCCCUAACUCGGGGACAACCUUGUUCGAUGACACGGAUUCUGAGAGCGGCGACUGGGGCGAGUCUCCCCGGCAGAGUAUGCAAUCGCUCAGUUACGGGAGCAACACUACUCUUUCGAGUCCUGAGCUACCGACUCCAGAUCUCCUUCCAAGAAACCUACCUGCCUUUCGAUCAAGCAAAGAAUUGAUUGCCGGUCCCUCGGGUCCUGAUUUGUUCAGAAGUCCUAGAGGUUCAACUGUAGAUGUUGAGUUCUAUCUCGCACCGUCACCUACGAUCGAUUUUGAGCCGUCACUUAUGCAGCCUGAGUUCAUCAACCCACAUCGGCCAGAGUUCGUCAACCAGUAUCAGGCCGAGUUCUCCAACCCAUAUUUGUUGUCUCCCAAGACACCGAAGGCUUUCCCACCAAAUCCUGAUGUGUCUCAUCUUUCACAGGAGGAGAUCAGGAACUGGGAUCCUAGCCAGGUUGCUCACUGGCUAUUCAUUGGUGGAUACGCUGAUGACGUCCGGGAUACGUUCAUCAGAAAUGAUAUCACUGGCGACAUUCUGAUGACCUUGACAGAGGAUGAACUCAAGGACCAGCUCCUAAUCCAAUCUAUGGGCAAACGUCGCAAGAUCUUCAACUCGAUCAAAUACCUCAAGGAAAACAUGCAGACAAGGCCAAUUCCAGAAACCCCGUCUCAGUUUCCAUCUGAGGAGGCGUCUUCCAACGAGAGAAGAUCUCUUGAAUCGUUCACCCUCCGGGGCUUUGUCCCCCAGAAGUUCGCUCCCAGAAGAAAAUCUCCUACAGGCCAAUCCUACACAAUGUAUAUUUCACCAAAUGGUGAAGUUCUCUCUUCACAUGCCUCUGGACAGAGUGGGGAUCAAAUUGCAACCGUAGAGUCUGUUUCAAUUGUAGGCAUCGAGGAAUUUUACCCAAAGCCCCACAGGUGCUCCAAAGGCAAAAAUUGCAGCAAGUUUAAGAAACUACAGCAGAAACAGCAGAGGCGCCUGGAGAAGCUUGCUACAGAGUACCCUGGCGCAGAUUUCCAAGGGAGUGAUCUCCAGGGGGGUGCUAUCUUUGUAGGUAGCCCUGGAAAUCCUGACACCGCGAGAAAUCUUCUCCGACCCAUGUCCGAGGCCGAGCUCUCAGUGGUGGCUUCCUCGGACAUCUUUGGCCCUCGGACUGGACCAAGACUCUCCGAGGCGGCUCUGAUCGAAGUAGAGCGCUUGGAUCCACAAGAAACAAUCCGAAACUUCCUCAGACACCAACAUGUUGACGACUUCCCCAACCCUGGGAACCCUGGGCUGGAGACCUGUAACCUUCCACUGGCAGAUGAGUUUGAGAAUUUCUCCCCACCAACUGCCCAGUCAAACUCCAUGGCCGCAAAUCUGCGCAAUCUUCCGAAGCUUACGAUCCCGACGAGUCCAAUCACGGAAGAUAUGACAACCGCUGUAACCACCAACAGAUACUUCACUCCCACUCAUCAAAAUGGCUCCCCCACUGCCGUUCAGCAAUUUGGCCCAUUCAGUCACGCCCAUCAAACACAAGCAAUUGAGACCUACCGCCAAGCCACACCGUUCUCCGAAGUCGAUGUCCCUACAACUGCAAUCCCUAGUGAACCGAUCUGCCGUGAUCUCUCUCAAUCUGUGCCCCCAGGCAUGCAGUACGGAACCUUGUUCCCCCCGUACCGUGAUACCAAUUCCCUUGCACAGAGCACCUCUACCCACCCCAGUAAUGAUCUUCCUCUACGGGAUGGUAAUUACCUUGCACGGAGCACUUCGACUUGUCCUCGUGAUGUUGUUCCCCUCCGCCAGGUGAACGAGGACAAGCCUCUGACCCCGAUUGAUGUUCCAGAAGACCUGAUUCGAAGCCCCCGCGUGAAACAACUUGGCCACAGCGGGUCGCUGUCAUCUCUGGCAUUUGACCCAGAAGUUACCCAUACGGGAUACAUGAAGAAGCGCAAGACCACACGCCUGCUCAGGCACGAGUGGUCCGAUGCACACUUCACGCUCCGCGGCACCAAUCUGGCCAUGCACAAGGACGAGCGCGAUGCGCACCGCAUCUCACGUGCCUUGGACAAUAUUGAAGUCGACGAAUAUGCCGUCGCUUGCUCGUCGCUGGCUCCAAGCUCCAAGCUGACAGCUGCAUUCAAGCGCUCGAUCCUGCGUAAUGGAAACAACACCAUUAAAGGCCGUGAUGGUACUGCUUUUGCUUUCUCACUUAUUCCAGCCACAAAGGAGAGUGAGAAGAAGGCACUAUUUGGGAACAAUGCUGUCAAAAGCCACCACUUCGCUGUCAAGUCUCGUGAGGAGCGCAUCGACUGGAUGCGUGAGCUUAUGCUUGCCAAGGCUCUGAAGAAGGGUAGGGACGGUGGCGAUGAUAUGGUUGUCAAUGGAAACGUGAUUUGA